AUGCUCGUAGGAAUAUCAAGCCAACUUAAAUUACAACUUGUCAAUCGAUUCAACUUGCGACUUGGCCACUAUAAUGGUGGUAUUUUCGGACAUCUUGGCUCCAAAGUGUGCCCUGGCACUGCACGCCAUGCUAUCGGGGCAUUCCAAUCGCGACCCAUAACACGAUUUGCUGGCGCCAUUAAAUACGCGGUCAGGUCGCCUAUUGUGAGCGAUAAAGGAAAAGGCUCAAACUAUAACAAUCAAUUCAACAACAUCCGCAGUCUUGGUGAUCCGAUGACAGGACUGACCCGCAAUGCAUUGGCCAUUCAACGACAUCAGCCACAAGACGACAUAUUUAUCGAAACUAAGCGUUCAAAUCGAGUCAUAUCAAUUCGCAAACCACGAUUUCCACAGCGUUUUCACCCAGAGCUAUCAGAGGAACAGAGACAUAUAUUGGAUCGGGUGUUGCGAGGCGAGAGUGUUUUUUUCACUGGCUCUGCAGGUACCGGAAAGUCCGUCUUGCUCAGAUCCAUCAUUGCUGCUCUCGGAGGGCCCUCGGACAAGGUUGCUGUGACCUCGAGCACCGGAAUAUCCGCAGUGCAUAUUGGUGGCCAAACCCUUCACUCAUUUGCUGGUGUUGGUCUAGGUCACGGAGACAUAAAUAAACUCGCUGCGCGGAUAAAGCAAGAUAGCGUGACCAGUUGGCGUUGGAGGAAGGUCAAGGUUUUAAUCAUCGAUGAGAUAUCGAUGGUGGAUGCUGCUUGGUUUGAUCAAUUAGAAGAACUCUCUCGCAGAGUACGGGGGAAAAAGAAGCCGUUUGGUGGUAUCCAGCCAAAGCUUGUUAUAUGCGGCGAUUUUUUCCAACUGCCGCCGGUCCCCAAUCGUGACAUAACAGACGCACCUGCUUCUUUCGUUUUUGAUUCUUGGAGUUGGGACCAUUGCAUUAAAUCACAAUUUAUGCUCACUCAGGUGUUUCGGCAAAAAGAUCCUAGACUCGUAAAAAUGUUAAACGAUGCCCGUGUAGGAAUCGUAACUGACGAAUCGGCCCGGUUAUUGAGAUCUUUAUCUCGUCCUGUUCACUACGAGGAUGGCAUUGGUCCUACAGAGCUUUACCCUCGGCGAUUUGAGGCUGACCAGGCAAAUCGGAAACAACUGUUAGCGCUUCCUGGGGAACGACGGGUGUAUUCUGCUUACGACGCGUACGGAAAGGGCGACGAUGGCGAAGACAUUGAUCCGGAGCGCGCAGCAAAGUUAUUUGCGGGUAUGAUCGUACCUAAAUUAUUACCGCUAAAGGUUGGAGCCCAAGUCAUGUGCUUGAGGAAUAUUAAUCAAAAAGGUCUUGUAAACGGUUCUGUCGGAAGGGUCGUUGACUUUAUGACACCUGGCCAAGCACGCACCUACGCCGAGAGCAAAGAUCGGUGGUCGAUAGUUACAAGCAUCAAAGAACCAAAAUCUCCAAAUAAGACAGAAGUAUCUACCGUUGAUACUCGAGUUCCCGGAAGAGCGACCCAGUCUGCGUGGUCUUCAGAGUUUUACGAGCAGAUGGAAUGGCCUCUGGUGCAGUUCACUGAUGGACAAUGUGUGCUGAUGGGCCCCACGAACUUCACGGUAGAAACCCGUGAGGGUACUAUGGAGAUUCAACGACUCCAGGUUCCUCUAGUACUCGCAUGGGCAUUGACGGUUCAUAAAUCCCAGGGGCAGACCUUGGAACGAGUAAAGAUAAGCCUUCAUCGAACGUUUGAGAAAGGACAAGCCUAUGUCGCUUUGUCUCGGUGUACGUCUUUGGAAACUCUCGAGGUAUAUGGGUUCGACAGAGAGCGUUCUGUGCAAGCUCAUCCACGGGUACAACAAUGGGUUAAAACUCUUACUACUCUCAACCGCUUCAUUUCACCCGCGUCCGGUUCAAGUGUUAGCCGUGGGACCCAGUCGCGACAAGAGAUUUGA